CUUGACAUUAGAACAAUAGUUAGUGUAUAAAUUACGCAGAGUCUACGCUCGCACUGUUACUCCAUUAAUCUCAUCUCCAGUCCCGUCGACUGGCCCGAUCUUCCCAGCGCCAGGUGCGACGAUGAAGCUGCUCUCCAUCCUCACGGUCGUCGCCCUAGCGUCCGUGUUGCCCGCCGUGUCUUCCGUCCGGCGCUACGAAUCCAUCAUCACCUUCGGCGACUCCUUCACCGACACCGGAAAUGCCGUCGUCGUCUUGGCGGAGAAAUCGCGGUUUGACCCUACGGUGCAGCCUCCCUACGGCAUGACCUUCUUCGGCCGCCCCACGGGCCGCUCCUCCAACGGCCGCCUCAUCAUCGACUUCAUCGCUGAGAAGCUCGAUCUGCCGUUCGUCCCGCCAUUCCUCUCGCACAACGGCAGCUUCCGCGAGGGCGUCAACUUCGCCGUGGCCGGAGCCACCGCUCUCGACGCCAGUUUCUUCAGAGACAUCCCACUUGUAGGCUCGUUUGUUCUCAACACCAGCUCCAGCGUGCAGCUAGGGUGGUUCGACUCGCUGAAGCCGUCGCUGUGCAGCCCUGCCCAAGAGUGCCCGGGCUUCUUCCACAAGACGCUCUUUUUCAUGGGCGAAAUUGGCCUCAACGACUACAGCUUCGCUGUCUUCGGAAUGACCCUGCCACAACUCAGAUCCAUCGUCCCGGACGUUGUCAAAACCAUCGCCGAGGCCACUGAGGUGCUGCUCAGGCAGGGGGCGAAGACGGUGGUGGUGCCCGGGAUCCCGCCACUGGGAUGCAUGCCGCCGAAUCUGUUCUUCUUCCCCAGUAACGAGUCGGCAGGCUACGAGCCUCACACCGGAUGCCUGAAAGGCCUCAACGAGAUAGCCAUGCACCACAACUCGGAGCUGCACAAGGCCCUCGACAAGGUCCGGGGAAACCACCCAAAUGCCCGGGUCAUCUACGCCGACUUCUUCACCCCAGUCAUCGAAAUGGUGGCAGCUCCUCAAAAUUUUGGGCUUACCACGGACGUCCUGAGUUGUUGCUGCGGUGGAGGUGGCAAGUACAACUUCAAUAUCAGCGCUGGCUGUGGCAUGCCGGGCGCCACGGUGUGCGAGGACCCGUCUGAAUAUCUCUACUGGGACGGCCAUUUCACUGAGGCUGCCCACCGCUAUAUUGCCAAAGGCUGGCUAAACAGCAUAAACAGUUGCAAGCCCUGGUAGUAACUGGAUACGCGGAUUUGUAUGGAGUACUUACAACUUCUACUUAUUAAUCACCGAUAUACACGCGUCAUGAAUGGAAUUUCUGUUGUUUUUAAGGCUUGCCAAUUUUUCACGAGGUUUUCUAUGUACGGAUUUGCUAAUUGUCAAGCGGCUGAGAAUUUCUUAAA